AUGAGCUUGUUAACAUUUAAGAAAUUCAAAUUUUUUUUUUGGCCACAGCCAACCAUUGCUUCAUCUUCAAAGUAUCAAUUGCAAUAUAAUAGCCAGGUCAACAUAAAUUCGAAAGAAACAGUUUACGAAAUACCUUUAGUAUAAAAUAAAAUGCAAAAUAUAAGUUGAUGUUAUUCAUUUGAUUACCGCUUUACAGAAAUGUUUACCAAAAUAAUCCUUAUUUCUUCUCUACUCGCUCUAGCCCAUUCUCAAGCACAAAUAGUUUACCAAAGCGAAGAGCACGGCCUCGAUGGAAACUUCGAAUGGAGCUACAAAUCAUCAGACGGUUCGAGUCAGCAACAAAGUGGCAACUUGAAACAUGUGGGACAAGAAACUGCCGAAGUUAUUCAAGGCUCAGCUUCGUGGGUCGAUCCGGAAGGCAAUCAGCAUCAACUCAAUUAUGUUGCUGAUGAAAAUGGGUAUCAUCCGCAAAGUGCUGACUUGCCUGCAGCACCAGAAAUACCAGCAGCUAUUCUCAGGGCUUUAGAUUGGAUUGCUGCACAUUCUCAUGAAGGAAAUCAAAAGUGAAUGAUUAUUUGAUUGUACUAGAUUUAUUUAUAAAGACUGAUGAAAAUAGAUUUUUGUUUUAAAUAUUAUUUUGACAUUUUCAUUUUAAGUCUGUUGUAGGUACCUACUUAUACCACUGCAACCUAAAAUGGGCUUGAAUUUUUUUCUAAUUUCUAGGAUUAUUUUUUUAUACAUUUGACUUUUAGGUAGAGAGCUAAUACAUAAAAAUGAGUUGAAACUGCGUGUCAGAUGAAUUUAAACUCUGUACCUAACUUGGUCUUCAUUGAGGGCAGUUUUCUGAACCAGCUUUGAAAAAGAUGUGAAUAAACAUGUAAUGGUCAUUACAAAUAUCCAAUAUCUUGUUAAGAUUUCACCAAAUUCACAAUUUACUUUUCCCAUUUGCGUAAUUAUUAUAGCUACAUGCGGAUAUGUUCUUCCACUCGAAUAAUAAUAAAUUUUAAUUGGCAUUUA